AUGGCGAAAGAAAGUGAAGACGUUCCUGAUAGAGACGAUGAUUGCGAUAAUAGCUCAGAUGAAUGUGACAGAAUACAAACCAUUGAAGAAAGUGCCAUGCCAUUAGAGGAGAUUUUGUCUAGGUUCUAUAGGCAGGGAUAUGUUAUAGGACGGAAUCUUUCAAAGGGCAAACCUUCAGCCGAGGUGAAUGGGAAAAUCUGCUGUAACAAUGAAGAGCAGGAGUGCGGUGAAGAUAAAUGUCCGAAAGGUAAACGACAAAGCCGAUCACCGACACAAGAGCCGGCUAAACGUGCCAAAACCGAGGGAAACGGAAGUGUAUUGAGCAUGCUGAUCAAUACAGAUGGCGAAGGGGACACUGUCAGCACGGAAGUGAAUGCCAGCGAGAGUGCAGAUUCGGUCGCUGCUAUGAAGGAGGCACCCACCGAUCAUCGUCAUUACAGCACGAAUAACUCAGCAAACAAUGAUGAUCAUCCGGCUGAUGAGCACAAAGAAUUGGAGGGUAACGGACAGACACCACCAAUUAUCAAGACGAAACAGAAAAAAGUGCCAGUGAAUGCCGAUAAAAAGGCUGAUGAUGGUAUCGCAGUACGGGAACGGAAAGCUAAUCUAACUCCAGGGAUGAAUUUCGAGAACUAUCGAUCUCAACUUUCAAGUGUAGACAGUAGGGAUGAUGAUGAAUCUGAAGAUGACUCCGACUUCAACGAAGCCGAAGAAGAGGCGGAAGAUGAGGAAUGUGACGAUGAAGAAGAGAAUGAGUCCGAUGAUGAUACUGAUAACAGGGCACAAUCAUCGUAG